AGGGCUCAUUCGAGCCAAGGUGUCUAGGUUUUGAGACAAAGCCAAUAUGAAAAGAUUUUUAAUGCACGUAGUAUUGCAAUUAAUUAAAGCCUACGUGCACGUGAUGUGAAGAGUUACCGAACAGAUUCCCGGCGGAGACUGAUGAGCAUCCCCUCCCCAGAGCUCCUGGUGUUUCUAUAGUAAUUCCAGCCAAUGAUCAGUUGGUGUCCGCAUCCCCAUCCUCCUCACCUCAGCACCAAUCAGCCACACACAGCGACAGGAGACAGCUCACCUCCGCGGACAACAGACUCAACCCGGACGCCAUCACCAACAUAAAGCUUCCCUUCUACUUUUCCUCGCGUGAGGAAUGGCGUCUCGUGCGUGCUGCUCGGGGUUUUUGUAGUGAUCCCUCGGCGUGUGUUUAUUGUGUGCUCAUCGCAGUAAUGUGCUGCUCUAGUGUCUGGAUUGUCUGCGGAGAGGAUAAACCGGGAUGGUAACGUCUUGAGUCUAACGAGCUUCACCUUGACAAAAAGCAACCGCCACCCUCCCCCCGAAUAUUUCUUGUGAGCGCUCGAAACUUUGCAGUCAUGUCUAAUCUUAACAAUGCACUCUGCAUCGAAAGCGGCCAGAGCACCGACGUGUCACUCUUGCAAAAGGAUAUUCUUCAGGACGGUGGAUUAAGCCAGCUGUUGGAUUACAAUGCGGAAAUGGAAAGGUACAGGUCGUUGGCAAACUUUUACAAAAGCAAUGGGGCAUUUCCACAGACUGCUAAGAUCGCCCGCAUAACCACACCGAUUUUUCCCAGCGCCAGAAUCGGCGUGUCCCCUUGGAACUGCGAUAACGGCAUGCUCUGGGGAAGGAAAUCAGCAGCAAUAAACCCUAAUAGGACCGGCAUGCAUAGAAACGACUCCCAAAGGCCGGGGAAACCUGGCGUGCCGCCAGAGACGCUGCAAAUGGCAAAUAAUAAUUUCCUCUCCAGCUUAUCCCCCGAACACUGCAGACCUUUAGCAGGAGAAUGCAUGAACAAGCUGAAAUGCGGUGCUGCCGAAGCAGAGAUAAUGAAUCUCCCGGAACGUGUUGGAACUUUUUCCGCUAUUCCGGCUUUAGGGGGCAUCUCAUUACCUCCCGGGGUCAUCGUCAUGACAGCCCUUCACUCCCCCGCAGCCUCAGCAGCCGUUACAGACAGUGCGUUUCAAAUUGCCAAUCUGGCAGACUGCCCACAGAAUAAUUCCUCCGCAUCCAGCGGGAACCCGGCGAAAAAGAAAAGGAAAAGGUGUGGGGUCUGCACGCCCUGCAGGAGGCUAAUCAACUGUGGAGUGUGCAGCAGUUGUCGGAACCGUAAGACGGGCCACCAGAUCUGCAAGUUUCGGAAAUGCGAGGAGCUCAAAAAGAAGCCUGGCUCAUUGCUAGAGAGAACGCCGGUAAACACCGGGGAAGCGUUUCGAUGGUUCUUUUAGGACUCUGAAUCAAGGGACAUCAUAUGCAGUAAUGACACAGACUGACCACAAAAAGAACUCGCAGGGACACAAAAAGCCCAGACUGUGGAUGAGAGACGGCGGGACAAAAAAACAAAGCAAACUUUGUCAUUUUAUUUCCUGUGUAAUUAUUAUUGUACUUUUGGCAGCAUCGUUAUGUAUAUUUUUCAGUGUCUGUCAAUGUGUUUUAGUGUCUUGGCUGUGCAAGUUGCAGCCCUUCUUGUAAAGAACCGAGUAGACAAUCAUUAAAAACAGGAGAGAAUAAUGUCAGCCAGUGGAUUAAUGGCCAAUGCGAUCACAAACCUCUUUGAAACACAAAACAUAUGUUUAGAUCUGGAGCAAUAAUCAUAAAAGUAAUUGUUUUCUGCCAUCAUAUCCCAAGCUUUCUAUGGAAUGAUCAUAAGAAUACCUCUUUUCACUUAAACCCACAAAUUCGAGAGGACACGUUGUGACCUCCAUUAUUAAUGUGACGUUUCGUAUUUGCACACAGUAAACAAAAGCCAGUACGUUUCUGUGUUGAUUUCGUGUGGCAUAUUGCAGAGCAGGGCACAUUAGCUUGUUGUGUGCUUUUAAAAGUCCAGUAACACUGAGAGAAGGUGCUUUGAGGUUGUUUGUAUAGUCUCACAAAGUUUGAUUGGAUUCCAUUUAGUUUUGGUUGAAACUGUUUUAAAAGCUGCCCAAAGGUAGAGAACCAGUAAAGAACUUUCGUGAACAUCACCGUAAGAUUUGUGACUUGCAUUUUUAAUUCUCACUAAACAUUCCAAAAUGAGUUAUCCAAUAAGUUGCUCAUCGUCUUUACCCUAAUGUUGCAUGUGUAAAUGUGUUUUUGUUUUGAAGAUAACUAAAAAUUUGUAUAUUGUUGUUGUGAUGCUUUUACGUGUUAAAAUAAUAAAGGAAACAAAAAAAAUCGUAUGUGACGCCAGAUGAUAUUUUAAAUCACACAUAUACAGUUAAAUGUCAUAAUUAGUAUAUUUCUCAUCUUUUUCUUAUCCUAAUGCAGGCAUAUGAAUUUCCUGUCUCUGUGUAAUUGUAAUGCAAACCAUCACAAGGGAUAAAAAAAAAAGCGGGAAGAGAAUACAGGGGGAAAAAAGCAUUGUCAGUCCCAUCUUCCCCUAGAAUGUAAAAAUGUCACAUGGAAAAGAGAGUGGGUCCCAGAGGCGUUAAGCUUUAAAGAGAGACUGAAAUCCCAUGCGGCUCGUAAUGCGUGGAAAGGGUGUGUUUUGGGGGGAUGGAUGGAAUACUGAAGGCAGACGGGGAGACGGUGUUUGGGUAUAUCAGGCUUUGGAUAUUUCAUUUUUGAAGAUGCAGAAAAGGGAGCACAGGGAUUUUUUUUUUUCUUCUUGGAAACAAUUGAUGGGAAGCAUAACAUUAUUGAUAACUAAACACUAACACCUAGUUCCAAACUAACUAGCUAUUUUUCGGUGAUUACAUUAAAUUUCAAACUGCAACCCUGUUAUUAUCCACGUACAAAAUUAUGGUUACUUGUGAAUUUUGCAAUUUUGUCAGCCAUUUUUAAUGUUCCAAAUGAAAUACACAGUGUACAACUCAGUAUAUACAAACUGAACAAACCUGAAAAAAAAAAAAAUUAAAAUACAUGCUUGUGGCAGCGUUUCUGCAACAUAGAUAUUACGCAUUUCGCAGCAGUUUCAAAGUGAAAUAUCCAGUGUCAAAUGUUCCAACCCUAAGCCUACCUGAUAGCAUUAACAAAUGCAAAAGUGAUAGAAACUUCCUUUUACGUGGAUUUCAGCUGUUUUGUUAAACCGUGCAAUGCCGCAUCGUGUGAGCUACCAAGCAAACCUACUGUGCUUGAAAACUAUAGAUAUGAUGCUGAAUAUGUAACGCUAACAUCCUUUUUCAAAUCUCACAGCAUGUUAAAAUCAUUUUGAGGUCAUAAUAUGAUUUUGUGCAAGGAAUUGUGCAAAGAUAAGGCUUUCUUGAUUGAAACUCUGGCCCUGUAAAU